AUGAACCGCAGCUGGCUGAUAUACUCAAAAUCCAAGGACUCAAUUUAUUGCUUUGUUUGCAAAAUAUUUGAUUUAUCAUCAAAAUUUACCGCUCUAAAGGAAGUUGGAUGUCAAGAUUGGAAACAUUUAUCCAAAGUUCUUGAGGAGCACGAAGUUUCCGAUCGGCACAAGAAAGCUUACCUUAGCUGGGCUGAGGCACGUAGAAGGCUACGAUCAAAUUCAACAAUUGCUCAACAAAUUGAUGGCUUAAUUAAGGAAGAAAAACUUCGGUGGAGAAAUAUUCUAGAACGAAUUUUAGAAGUUAUCCAGUAUUUGGCGGCGCAUAAUUUACCAUUUCAAGGCUCGAAUGAAAAACUGCAUAGUCCAAACAACGGAAAUUUUCUGGGACUAAUCGAAUUGAUUGCAAAAUUUGAUCCACUUUUGAAGGAUCACCUGCGACAACAAAAAGGACCACAUUAUUUGAGUUAUCAAAUCCAAAAUCAAUUCAUCGCAAUCCUUUCGAAACAACAAAUGUCAGUGGUUUUGAGAUAUGUGAAUUUAGAAGAUAGUAAUGUCAAGAUUUGCGAAAGUUUCCUCGGAUUUUUGCCCGUCGAAGACAAGACCGGGGAAGGACUUAACGAAAAAUUAUUAGAGUUCCUGCGAAUGUUGUCCAUCAAUUUGAACGACGCGCGUGGUCAAGCUUACGAUAACGGCAGCAAUAUGAAGGGGAAAAUCAAAGGUGUUCAGAAAAGGAUCCUAAAUCUGAAUUCAAGAGCAAUUUAUAAUCCUUGCUUUUCCCACAAUACAAACCUGGUGAUCGGCGACGCUGAAAAAUCAAUUGCCGCGUUUAUAACGUUUUUCGGAAUUGUGCAAAAAUUGUACAAAUUUUGCAGCAGUUCAACAAAUCGAUGGGAUGUUAUAAGUCGUCACGUGAAAAAAUUCAGCCUGAAAUCACACUCAGAAACACGAUGGGAGUCCAGACUGGAAUCACUCAAACCAUUGCGCUACGAAAUUACCAAUGUGCGAGAUGCUUUAUCCGAAAUAUCAGAAAACCAGGACCUUGAGAAUCUCGCCAGAUUUGAAGCAUCUAGCUUAGUCUCCCACUUGGAAAAAUUCGAAUUUUUAGUGAUGUUGGCAGUCUGGUAUGAAAUUCUAAACCGCCUUAAUAUUGUUAGCAAAAUCGCCCAGGGUUGCGACGUAGAUGUUGGUGUGGCGUCAGAAUUGCUGGACAAUACAGAAAUCUACUUGAAAGCCUACCAAAAAAAACGGAUUCAAAACCGCUAUUGA